AUAUGCGACUUUGGUUUGGCUCGAUUAAAUCACCCCAUGCACGAUCACAAUGGAAUGCUCACAGAAUACGUUGCAACUCGAUGGUACCGGGCUCCUGAAAUCAUGCUCAACUCCAAGGGAUACACCAAGUCGAUUGACUUGUGGUCUGUUGGUUGCAUCUUAGCUGAAAUGUUCGACCGACUACCCAUCUUCCCUGGCAAACACUAUGUUGACCAACUCACACUUAUCCUUCAAGCUCUUGGGUAUCCUGCAAUGUGUGAUAGAGAAUGGAUAGUCAACAAUAAGGCUGCUGUCUUUGUAAAUCGAUUCGAGAAUUGCGUGAAACAGCCCUGGAAUCGUCGGUAUCCUAACGCUUCCCCUCAAGCCUUGGACCUCCUGGAUCGGCUAUUGGCUUUCAAUCCAGCCUCAAGAAUCACUGUUGAGGAGGCCCUGCAACAUCCCUACCUAAGGUCUUUCUACGAACCCAAGGAUGAGCCGGUUUGUGAGAACCCCUUCGAAUACGAAGAAGAGAAAGUGGACGAACAACCAAUAGAGAAACUGAAGCAGAUGAUGUUUGACGAGGUUCGUGAACUCCACCGACGUCAAGAGCAAGCAGCUGAAGAAGCCGCAUCCGCAUCGAAAGCGUAA